AAAGAACGUGGGAUGCACGCGGGUAGUAGAACAAACAGCACGACAUCGUUGCCGGUAGAUUCGAGUGGCGGUUCUCUGGGCAGAAGGCGACGCAGAUUACGCAGUAGAGUGGACCGCGAUCAGAGGGCCAUGUCUCACAGCGAUCUGAUCUAUCACGAGAGAGAGAGGCCGCGUCACUAUUGCUCGCUGCAACAGUUUCACUGCGGAAGCGAUGUUUGCAUGAACAAUUACCAUAGUAAAACCGAGGAACGACUGAGAAAACUGGAAAGUGAACGUGGAGCGCUGCAUAUGGAAGUGUCAGUUCUGUCAGAGCAAGUCGACGCGCAAUCAAGUAAGAUUCAAGAGCUAGAGAGCAUGCUUCAGGAGAAGAAAGAUACUUUGAGGCAAAUGGAAGAGACGUUGCAAAAGGAAAUUUUAUCGAGAAGCGCUCUGGAGACGCAAAAGCUUGAACUUCUCACCUCCUUGUCUGAAAUGAAACUCAGGCAAGCUAGUUUGGAGCACGAGAAUUUGGCACUGCGUAGCACAAGUCCUUUAUCGAAU